AUGCCUGUUUCCAGCCCCGACUCAGCCAAUCAGCGUGCGGCAGUGUUUUCUACUAGGGGUCGGAAUAAAAGGGCUGGAAUAAAAGGGGGGGCAGAAAAGGCGCCGGCCGGGCCCGAUACACACCAGUAGGAGCCGGGUGGCUGCAGAGAGGAGCCGGAGCCGGGUCGCCGCGCCUCGCCUCGCCUCGCCUCGCCAUGGCGCCCACCCUGGCCACUGCCCAUCGGCGCCGCUGGUGGAUGGCCUGCACCGCCGUGGUGGAAAACCUCCUCUUCUCGGCAGUCCUCCUGGGCUGGGGCUCUCUGCUCAUCAUGCUCAAGUCGGAGGGCUUUUACUCCUACCUGUGUACUGAGCCAGAGAAUGUCACCAACGUCACAGUGGGGGCCACGGCAGAGCUGGAGCAUGAGGAGGUGAGCCGGAUGAAUGGCUGGCUCAGCUGCAAGGCCCAGGAUGAGAUGCUAAACUUGGCCUUCACCGUGGGCUCCUUCCUGCUCAGUGCCAUCACCCUGCCCCUGGGCAUCGUCAUGGACAAGUAUGGCCCGAGGAAGCUCAGGCUGCUGGGCAGUGCCUGCUUUGCUGUCUCCUGCUUGCUGAUUGCAUAUGGAGCAAGUAACCCAAACUCCCUCUCUGUGCUCAUCUUCAUCGCCCUGGCUCUGAAUGGCUUUGGUGGGAUGUGCAUGACUUUUACCUCAUUAACACUGCCCAACAUGUUUGGUGACCUUCGGUCCACAUUUAUUGCCCUGAUGAUUGGAUCCUAUGCCUCCUCGGCGGUCACCUUCCCAGGAGUCAAGGUCAUCUAUGACUUCGGUGCCUCCUUCAUUGUCAUCCUCGUGGUCUGGGCUGGCUGCUCUGGGCUGGUUUUCCUCAACUGCUUCUUUAAUUGGCCCCUGGAACCCUUCCCGGGGCCAGAGGACAUGGACUACACGGUGAAGAUCAAGUUCAGCUGGCUGGGCUUUGACCACAAGAUCACAGGGAAGCAGUUCUACAAGCAGGUGACCACAGUGGGGCGCCGCCUUAGCGUGGGCAGCUCCAUGCGGAGCACCAAGGAGCAGGCAGCCCUGCAGGAGGGCCACAAGCUGUGCCUGUCCACCGUCGACCUGGAGGUCAAGUGCCAGCCUGAUGCCACAGCGGCCCCCUCGUUCAUGCACAGCGUGUUCAGCCCCAUCCUGCUGCUCAGCCUGGUCACCAUGUGCGUCACACAGCUGCGCCUCAUCUUCUACAUGGGUGCCAUGAACAGCAUCCUCCAGUUCCUGGUCAGCGGAGACCAGGCCGUAGUGAGCCUCUACACCUCCAUCUUCGGGGUUCUCCAGCUGCUCUGCCUGCUCACCGCCCCCGUCAUUGGCUACAUCAUGGAUUGGAGGCUGAAGGAGUGUGAGGACGCCUCCGAGGAGCCUGAGGAGAAAGACGCCAACCAAGGUGAGAAGAAGAAGAAGAAGCGGGACCGGCAGAUCCAGAAGAUCACCAACGCCAUGCGGGCCUUCGCCUUCACCAACCUGCUGCUCGUGGGUUUCGGGGUGACCUGCCUCAUUCCCAACCUGCCUCUCCAGAUCCUCUCCUUCAUCCUGCACACAAUCGUGCGAGGAUUCAUCCACUCGGCCGUCGGGGGCUUAUACGCCGCCGUGUACCCCUCCACACAGUUUGGCAGCCUCACGGGCCUGCAGUCCCUAAUCAGCGCCCUCUUCGCUCUCCUGCAGCAGCCCCUGUUUCUGGCUAUGAUGGGUCCCCUCCAGGGAGACCCUCUGUGGGUGAACGUGGGCCUGCUGGUCCUGAGCAUGCUGGGCUUCUGCCUCCCCCUCUACCUCAUCUGCUACCGGCGCCAGCUGGAGAGGCAGCUAGAGCGGAAGAGAGAGGACGACAAGCUUUUCCUCAAGCUCAAUGGCUCGUCCAACCGGGAGGCUUUUGUGUAGCGCCUGCCGUCUCGGAUCACGGCCUCCCGCCCUCUUGCUUCAGUGACUUGAGGUGUCCUCGUCCCCUCCCCAGAGGACCUCCACGCACUCCCGCCCACCCCCAACCCCAGGAUCCUGUCCUCCACUGUGCUGGAGUCCACACUCCCUCCCAGGGCCCUGGUCCAGCCUCGGAGCUCUGUGGUGGACAGACGGAUGGGAGAGGGCCUGGACAGACGCUUCUCCUCCUGCUGGAGGCAGGGAGGCUCUGGACUUCACUCUGCCACCCUCGAGAGGCCCUUGAGCCUCAGCGCUCUGUGGUGCCUGCAGGAGGAGCCAGGAGGACCCCCUGGGCUGGCAGACCCUCUCCCCCGAAGUGUGUCCAGAUUCUGCCUCUAGCCAAAGCAGAGGGGUCUGCCAUCCACUGCCCGCCUCCCGCCCCUCAGCUGCAUGUCCACCGACCACGCCUGCCUGAGGACAAAGGCUUGCACUAUCUGCACAGCCCCCCACCCCCGGCCUGGCCCCUCACUCCUCCCCCAGCCAGUCUGAGCUGCCUGAGGAAGGAAGGACCCGCUUCCUGUUGUUGGUGCUAACUCCUUUGUGAUUCCAGCCCCCUGUGGCCUGUCCAUGGCCUGUCCUCCUGUUCGAGGCCUGUGGGGAAGUGCCCCCCCGCCCCCCGUGCGCCCCCCCCCCCCAGGUUAGCCUGGGAAGGGUCUGGAGGGCUGGAUAGUCACGUGAGAACCAUGGACAAGGCUGGGCAGCGGUCCUUUCCCUCUCCCCUCAGGACUUGAGUGGGGGCAUGUCUCCACUGCCACCCUCUGUCCAGGCUGUGACCAGAAGGGAAUUAAGGGGGCACCAAUAGGGUAUCACACACACACACACACACACACACACACACAGCUGUUUUUGUGGGGGGUGGAAGUGAGGCUGCAGCUGACAGUCCUGGAGGUCCAGGCCUGGGUGGGGAGGUGAAUUUGUGAGAGGCCUAGGGGGUGUGGAUGUGUGGGCUGUGUGUGCAUGUGCUGUGUAUGAGAGAUGUGUGUGGGGGUGGUGGCAGGUUGUGUGCUCUGGGUGUCUACACUUGUCCUCCCAGAGCUGCCCCCAGCUGGCCAGGCCCCAGCAAGCCCAGCGCCUUGGCGCCAGCCCUGUUCAGGGCCAAGCUUGUUCCAGGCUGCGGGGCCACAGCGCCCCCUGCUGGCAGACUCUCCCAGGAGCCCUGGAGCUGUUUACGCGGGCGAGGCCACCUUUCCUCUGCCAGGCGGGCCUGGCUUACCAACCCACCCACCUUGACUGCGCUCAGAAAUGUGUCUGAGGCUUCCUGGGAGUUCUGAGAGGGGUGGGUGGAUUUUUAGGUUAUUUGUUUUAAGUUUUAUCAGACUUCUUUUUAUAAAGCAAUAAAUCCAUUUCCCUACUGGUAAGGGAUGCCCCCUUCUAGCAUAUCAAUUCAUGACUCCAUGUGCCUGUUUUGAGCUUGAGAAGAAAAGGCAGGACAAAGUUUUCUGCCACUGACAAGCCCCAGUUGUCCCCAGCUGCUGACUCUGGGUACCGUCUCUCUCUGGGUGUGAUUGCCGUCUUGGGAGGGGCAGUGGGGCAGGAAAAGACCUUCCGCCCCUGCCCCAGCCCUAACACAUCAGGCCUGUGCAGACACCUUAGAAGUGUGGUCAUACCCUCCUCUGCUGCUUAUCCCAGCCAGACAGGCUAAUCCUGACCCCCUUUCAUCCCUGCUCAGGCUUCCUGUCACCAGUCAGCCACACCGAGGGUUCCUCCUGGGUUCAGGACGCAGGGUAACCCCAGACAAGCCGCAGCCUCUAAGGCAGCAGGGGCAGGAUGUGGCGGGAGGAAUGGGUGGUGACUCAAAUACGCAAAAGCAGGUAUUUGUUUUAAACAAUUUUUUUUUUCAAAGGAGAGAGCGUGAGAUGAACAUUUCUCCCAAAGCAUUCCUAAAAAUGCUAGUUCUGGGCGAUGUUAAGGUUUUUUUAAUUUUUAAAGUUUUGGGACUUCCCUGGUGGUCCAUUGGCUAAGACUCUGUACUCCCAAUGCAGGGGACCUGGGUUCAAUCCCUGCUCCGGGAACUAGAUCCCACAUGUCACAACUAAGAACCCAGUGCAGCCAAAUACAUAAUUUUUAAAAAGUUUUGUAGUCAGAUUUGGGAAAUGCUGGACAAGGUCAAGUUAGCUCAGUGCUGGUGGGCUGUGCUCUCCAAAGGGGUGUGGUGGGCAGCUGGGGAAUGGUUUUAACAAUCCCAGCCACCCCCACCGGGUGUGGCCCAGUUACGACCUGCAGCAGGAGCUUUCAGGGUGGUUGUUAAUAACAUAGCCCAUGGGUCUUGCCUCUGACCUAGAGGGAAACUAAAGUCUAUUCUUUGCUAAGCUCCACCAGGUGAUUCUGGUGCAGCUGUGCACCCCACCCCACCCCCCAACAUUUGAAACCCACUGACAAUGGAGUGCAGUUUGGGGCAGUGCUGAUUAGCAAGGGCCCUUCCCACUGGGAAGUGUAUUGAGGCUAUACGGACACAGCCUGUGUUGUGCCCAGCAGCCCCCAGCCCAGCCGAAGUGGGAGCUUCGCCUCUCUCUAUCACUGUGGAAAGGAGCAGGCAUUGAGAAACCAGAGUUCAGGGUGGAAAAUAGUCCAGAGCCAACAGUGUAUGGGGCUUAGGGAUGCGAAAAUGAGAGCAGGGUACCAGGCAGUUUGGGUGCCACAUGUGCCACACACCCACCCCCCACUCCCUUGCCAGUCAUUUUACUCUGACUGCAGGAUUGAUAGGUUACAUAUUUUCCCAUUACCAUCACUGAGGCAUGCUAAGAAGCCCAGAGUUGAUAUACUCCCUUCCCUAUUCUACAGCUGGGAAAACUGAGGCCUGCACAGGUGGAGUAACUUGCUCAUGGUUAAAGCCAAGGACUUGCAUAUGAUCCUAAUCACAGGAGCAGCCACGGCCCUCUAGAUCAGGAUAGUUCAUUCGGAGCGGCAGCCUGAGGGCCUCCAGGCCUUAAGAUCAAGACGAAACAGCCUGAGGAAGGGAAACAGACACAGGCGACGUCUCCUCUUGGAGCCAAGAGCUUCCUCAGAGGGUGGGGUGAGCUGUACGUCGUAGUAGAGUCAUCUUGGCCCUAGAGGCUGAUGGUAACUUGGGGGAGGAAGCCCCUAGUCACCCCCAGCCAUGAGAGGAGUGCCCUGGGAUGGGGAAGGGACCGUGGGCCGGUCAAAGGCAGUGGUCAUCACUGGCCUGGGCCCUCCAUCAUCCCCCUGGUUCUCCAGGUUCCUGGUGGGAAGGAAGGAGCAGGCAGUGGUGCCCGGUCCAGGGCGUUCAACUGGAGCAAGAAGCAGGGUCACGCCAGCCUCAGGAGUGUUCCCAGGAGCCCCCUCCUCUCUGUCUCCCUGGACUUUGUGGCUGCUGCUGCUGCUAAGUCGCUUCAGUCGUGGCUGGCUUCCUCCAAAGCCUCCUGGCCUCUGCCUGCGGCUCUCGCUGCCUGGGCCUGUCAUCAGGAAGGUUCCCACCCUUGUAAAGCCCACAGGUGGGGUUGCGGUUGUGGGUUCCUUUCUGUUUUGCUCCAUCUCCUAUUCCCUCUUGUACUCAGUGUCAGCCUGGUGAAAAGAACUCCAGCCUGCCUUGUUCUGGCCCUGGGCUGUGAAGCAUGAGGGCCUCCCAUGGCCCUAGGCCCCAAGCACGCUGAAGGCGGGGAGGUGGCCAGUGUUGGGAAUUCAUGUGCAGCACCAUCCCAGACAACUGUGCGAACGUUCAGUCAGGCCGGUGGAGCUUUGUUUUUUCUUAUAUCAUGAUAAUGCUUUCAUUUUUCAGCUUCUUACAGUACUCACACAGUAGAAACUGACGAAUCCAUGUUGUUGUUUAGUCGCUCAGUCGUGUCCGACUCUAUGCGACCCCACGGACGGUAGCCCACCGGGCUCCUCCGUCCCUGGGAUUUCCCAGGCAAGAAUACCGGAGUGGGUUGCCAUUUCCUUCUGCAAGGGAGCUGUUUCUGUUUUAUCUUUUGGCCCCCCACGCAGCACGCGGGACCCUAGUUCCCCUACCAGGAACUGAACCAAACCCCGUGCACGGGGACCACUGGACCACCAGGAAAGUCCUCAGGGGUGCGGGCGGCGAAGGCAUUUGCAUGUCCAUCUGUGUGAAUGAAAACAGAGAUGCACCAGGGCCAGGUGAUCCGGAAGGGUCAGGCUGUGGGCCUGCUAUGGCAAGAGGCUCCCGUCUCUGAGAUCUGAGAAGUCUUCUUAACAGAGGCAGGCUUCUGGGGCUGUUUAAUCCACAGCUUCCCUCCCCUUGAGGGGUAAUACAAUGGAUUCUCGUGAGUUCUGGGGCAGGAAGGCAUCUUAACUGUGGGGUUAGGAUUAGGAGCCCAGGACCCUGAAAGUGAGGAGGUGGGUUUUCCACAGGCUGUGGGGCCCACCUGGGAUGGGAGUGGGGUCAGGGUGAGCAGGCUGGCUCUGGGAACCUGUCCCCCCAACCAGGCCCUGCCUCGCCCCAAACCCUGGGGUGAGGAUGCACAUCAGGGAGGAGGCGCAGCGUCCUCCACGCGGGUGGCCCGCCGCCGGGCAGACCUCUCCCAUUUGUGCCCUUGGCCUCUGCAGGCAGUGCUUCCAGCCCUGGAGUCAGCCCUUCUCAGCCUCCCAAGCAGAUCCAAGACCGAGCUAGGGCCUCCGGCUGCUCAACCUUUCCCAGAGUGAGACUCUAUCUACCUGUGCUGAGGAGGCGAUGAGGGAAGGGCAGAGGUUAGAGGCCCCACCAUGCCUAUUUAUCUUGUGACCAUAGACAAGUCUUGAGCCUCAGUUUCUCAUCUGUAAAAUGGAAGUGUUACCCCCGCCCUGGGAGACUCAGUGGACGUGGACAUCAAGCAGUUGUAUGUUAUUGUACCUGGCACUCAGUAGGCACUUAGCCAGUGACAGCAUUAAUUUUAUGACCCUGGAGCGGGGCAGACAGCACGGGGGAUAAGGAUCAUCCGCACCCACCCUCCGCCGCCCAUGUAACAGGACAGACCUCAGGCAGCUCUGCCUGGGACUUGUGGCCAAGUAAAGGAAGUGAAGUCCAUUUCUUCUGAUCCCUCCCCCUCUCAGGACUACCCUCUCUCAGCAAAAGCCUUAAGAAGUUGUCCCCCUGUUCACUUUGACGUCUUUCACGUUUUGGUGAGAGACAUGGCCAAAAAGUUUCUCAAGAUAAUCUCUAAAUGGGAGAUGUUCAGGCACUCUUGACAGUUUUAUGUUGAGGUGGGUGACUCAGAACACAGCACGUGGACAACACCGUCAUGCCACCUCCUUGUAAAACUGCUCAGUGUGCCUCUGUGUGCGUGUGUGUGCAUGUGUGUGUUGAAGUCUGGGGUAUAAUUCCAGGCACAUCGGGUGUGAAUGUAUUUAGAGGAGGGUGUGGGAGCUUACCUCUCCUUGGACAAAGAGAGAGGGUCACGCCUCGCUGAAUCUCUCUUGGUGGGUGGAAAGGCCCAGGCUCUGUCCAAGGACCCAGCCCAGGCCCUCAGAGUGGUACCUGAAGGGUUAAUCUGUUCCCGUGUCAACCAGGGUCAAUGUGUUGUCACUGACAGCUCAGCAGCUGACCCUGACUCUUCCUGGCCCUUUGCUGUUUCUAGCACCUGGCUUACUUCCUGGCACACAGUAAGCACUCAAUAAAUGUCUGCUGAGAGUGGCUAAGAACUGCU